AUUACAUAAACCAUAUUGAGCAAAAGACGCCAACAGAUACAUACUCUCUUUACAUAAGGUGUUAGAUACACAGAGAUAGAUAAAUGCGUGUAAAUGAUAGAGAUAUGAUAGCUAAGCCAGUCCACAGGUUAUUAGUCGUGGUCCACGUGACUUCUGAAGAGAUGAAGGGGCAUGGGAGGCUUUAGGGGAGCUUCCGCUUUUCUGGCAAGGUUUUCUUUUUGCCCGGGGAGCUAUCAGCCAGCGGAGAGAUCUGUGAGAAGGGAUAAGACCUCAAGACAAGUAGGAAGCAGAGCCUUCCACGGCCCGCGCCCUGGCGGCCCCAAGUCAGCGGCGGAGACGGCGCCCACCCCGCUCCAAUGUGGAGCAGGAGCAACGGCGUGGCCCGUGGAGCCCCGCCCCUCACAGGCAACCACAGAGAAGCCGGACUGGGCCACGUCUAGGAAGAGGUAGGAAGGGAUCGGCGCAUCGUUUCUCCAAUGGGAAAGGAUGUGUUUGCGGACCAAUAAGUCGCCGAGAAUAACACCCGCCCACGCGCCUGCCAAGCCAAUCGGCUAGGAGCAGCGAGCGGCGGGGCUGAGGCGCGGCGGCCCCGCGGAGCAGCGCAGUAUGGCGGGCGGGGCCCGGGAGGUGCUGACACUGCAGUUGGGACAUUUUGCCGGUUUCGUGGGCGCGCACUGGUGGAACCAGCAGGAUGCUGCGCUGGGCCGAGCGACCGAUUCCAAGGAGCCCCCGGGAGAGCUGUGCCCCGACGUCCUGUAUCGUACGGGCCGGACGCUGCACGGCCAGGAGACCUACACGCCGCGACUCAUCCUCAUGGAUCUGAAGGGUAGUUUGAGCUCCCUAAAAGAGGAAGGUGGACUCUACAGGGACAAACAGUUGGAUGCUGCAAUAGCAUGGCAGGGGAAACUCACCACACACAAAGAGGAACUCUAUCCCAAGAACCCUUAUCUCCAAGACUUUCUGAGUGCAGAGGGAGUGCUGAGUAGUGAUGGUGUUUGGAGGGUCAAAUCCAUUCCCAAUGGCAAAGGUUCCUCACCACUCACCACCGCUACAACUCCAAAACCACUUAUCCCUACAGAGGCCAGCAUCAGGGUCUGGUCAGACUUCCUCAGAGUCCAUCUCCAUCCCCGGAGCAUCUGUAUGAUUCAGAAGUACAACCACGAUGGGGAAGCAGGUCGGCUGGAGGCUUUUGGCCAAGGGGAAAGUGUCCUAAAGGAACCCAAGUACCAGGAAGAGCUGGAGGACAGGCUGCACUUCUACGUGGAGGAAUGUGACUACUUGCAGGGCUUCCAGAUCCUGUGUGACCUGCACGAUGGCUUCUCUGGGGUAGGCGCGAAGGCGGCAGAGCUGCUACAAGAUGAAUAUUCAGGGCGGGGAAUAAUAACUUGGGGCCUGCUACCUGGUCCCUACCAUCGUGGGGAGGCCCAGAGAAACAUCUAUCGUCUAUUAAACACAGCUUUUGGUCUCGUGCACCUGACUGCUCACAGCUCUCUUGUCUGCCCCUUGUCCUUGGGUGGGAGCCUGGGCCUGCGACCCGAGCCACCUGUCAACUUCCCUUACCUGCAUUAUGAUGCCACUCUGCCCUUCCACUGCAGUGCCAUCCUGGCUACAGCCCUGGACACAGUCACUGUUCCUUAUCGCCUGUGUUCCUCUCCAGUUUCCAUGGUUCAUCUGGCUGACAUGCUGAGCUUCUGUGGGAAAAAGGUGGUGACAGCAGGAGCAAUCAUCCCUUUCCCCUUGGCUCCAGGCCAGUCCCUUCCUGAUUCCCUGAUGCAGUUUGGAGGAGCCACCCCAUGGACCCCACUGUCUGCAUGUGGGGAGCCUUCUGGAACACGUUGCUUUGCCCAGUCAGUGGUGCUGAGGGGUAUAGACAGAGCAUGCCACACAAGCCACAGACUAAUGGUGGUUUUGGCUUUGUUCUGGCAGUCAGCUCACCCCAGGGACACCUCCACCCUCUGCCCUUCAUGCAUGUACCACUGGGGAAGAAAUCUUGGCUCAGUAUUUACAACAGCAGCAGCCUGGAGUCAUGAGUUCUUCCCAUCUGCUGCUGACUCCCUGCAGGGUGGCUCCUCCUUACCCCCACCUCUUCUCAAGCUGCAGUCCACCGGGUAUGGUUCUGGAUGGUUCCCCCAAGGGAGCAGCAGUGGAGAGCAUCCCAGUGUUUGGGGCACUGUGUUCCUCUUCGUCCCUGCACCAGACCCUGGAAGCCUUGGCCAGAGACCUCACCAAACUCGACUUGCGGCGCUGGGCCAGCUUCAUGGAUGCUGGAGUGGAGCACGAUGACGUAGCAGAGCUGCUGCAGGAGCUACAAAGCCUGGCCCAGUGCUACCAGGAUGGUGACAGCCUCGUGGACUAAAGUUCCCAGUGUGGGAGAAAGGAGCUAGUUUGCAAUAAAAACAGCUGGAUGCAGGAGCCCAGUGUCUUCAUGCAGAGGAGCUCAAUGUCGCGGGACUAGCUACACCAACAUAUGCACUUUUUACAUUUAGAAACACUGUGAUUAGACCACAGAACAAUAAAUAUGUGCCAUCAGACCAAAAAAAAGUAGAGAAAGGAGCUGAACUCCACUCUCGAUGCUAUUUACAGAGGACAUCUGUAAAGUCUUCAUAAAAGACCUUGAAUGAUGCCUAGGAUGGCAGAGCCCCUGGGUCCUACUCCAUCCUCCAGCCUUUGUCCUUGUCCUGGCCUCCUGCUCUCCAGAUCUGUAAACUGGGCUCAAGGACUGUACAGGCAGAGUACAACUACCCGCCUCCCCGGUGCCAGGGCGCCUGUUGGGUUUGGUCCUGUGUAGAUGAUUCCCAGAGUCUCAUUCAUCCAGCUCCUCUUCAGACAGAAGGUCCCCAUGGUCAGACAGCUGGUCUGCAUUGCUGGUACUGGUUGCAUCAUCCUCAUCCUCAGAGCUGGCUUCACAGGCAGUGUGGAAGAGCUGCAUGAGUUCUCGAAAACGGUGGGAAACCUAAGAAAGGAGGAGGGCUGUAUUCACUGAUCCUUACUAACAUGUUAACAUUUAUGAAGCACUAUAUAUUGAUUUGCAAAAUCUUUUAUUUAUUCCA